AACACCAAAACAACCAAAUCCAAAUGCUCAUCCCUCCAGAGAGAAAUAUGCCUAUUCCCUUUUUCUUUUUCCUGGAUUUCUAUCUUUCUCCCGAUCUUUAGACCUAUAAAGACCUGAAUCGAGCCAACUAAACCCUCAUUUACCUUUCACUCUGGACCUGAAUUGCGAAACACCCACACACAACAGAAACCCAAAUCUCAACUGAUCAAUUAUGGCAACAGAUAUAGUGGUGGAGGAAUUCAACAAGACAAAGAAAGAUUGGGACGAAGCCUAUCUUCAAACCCUAGCCCACAUUCAAGCCAUUCAACAAUAUGGCAAAUCAAGAUCCAACGCCGGCAACAAAGAAUCGCUGCCCAGAUUGAACGGUCUUGCUCAAGACGGACUCGCUAUGUUGUCUGCCGCACAAUUCAAUCUUGAUCUUCUUGUCCCACAACUUCCCACCGAUGAUCAUAUUCAAAAUGCCCAAUUAACCCUUCAAUCUUGGAACAAACAGAUUCAAAGUUUGCGGUCAAGUCUGAGAAAUGCUAAUCUGCAAGCAAAGGCUAACAUGAGGAAAGCUGCCCAAGAAGAGAGGGAGCUUCUCUUGGGAGGUGGCGAAGAGUCCACAGCCAGAAGGCGCAAUCUACAGACAAAAGCUGGAAUGACAUCAGCAGCCGAGAGCAUUACAGAGAGUCUUCGUCGCACGAGGCAAUUGAUGGUUCAGGAGGUUGAACGGAGUGGAAGCACACUCAUGGCUUUUGAGGAAUCAACUGGGGUGUUAAAGAAAGCAGAAAGCGAAUACAAGGGUCAUGUUUCAUUACUGACGCGAACCCGUAACUUGCUUUCAACAAUGAAACGCCAAGAUGUUCUUGACAGGAUUAUACUUACCGUGGGAUUCCUGUUGUUCUCGUUAGCUGUUCUUUAUGUUGUUUCAAAGAGAAUAGGAAUACUCAAGUUGCAGAGGAAGGUUGUUGGUGCGAUUAAAGCUGGUAUGGCUGGAGAUGCUAUAAACAACGUUGUUCAGGUCAAUGAACCUGUUGUUGUUCCAAAUGUUGACUUUGACUUAAACUUAGAACAACCAAUGCAUGAUGAACUGUGAAUGUUUCAAUCAUAUAUGCACAUGAAAACACAAGUUUAGCAUGUAUAUUUUUGUGUAAACAAUAGACUGCUUUUGCCUUUAAUUCGGUAGUGUUUAAAAUAUUCAAUCUGUUUAAUCAUUUGUGCUUGUAUCUGACAGUUUGUUUAAGAUAUUAUUUAGAUUUGACUUUUAAGGUCAAACACA